CUAUAGAAGGUUUAAUAGUUUCCGGUCGUCAACUCGUCAACGAAACCUUCUUUUUGAUUUCCCUUGUUGUAGUUGUCAGAACGGCAAUUUUUUAAAAAGCCGCAAUCAUGGGUCGUAUGCACGCACCUGGCAAGGGUAUCUCGCAGUCAGCGUUGCCUUACCGUCGCAGCGUUCCAACUUGGUUAAAAUCCACCGCUGAUGAUGUUAAGGAACACAUUUUCAAGUUUGGCAAGAAGGGUCUGACUCCAUCCCAAAUUGGUGUUAUGCUUCGUGAUUCCCAUGGAGUUGCUCAAGUCAGAUUUGUCACUGGUAAAAAGAUUCUUCGUAUUAUGAAGGCUAUGGGACUUGCCCCAGAUCUACCAGAAGACCUUUACUACUUGAUCAAAAAAGCUGUUGCCAUGAGGAAGCACUUGGAACGUAACAGGAAAGACAAGGACAGUAAAUUCAGGCUCAUUCUUGUUGAAUCUAGAAUCCACAGGCUUGCUCGUUAUUAUAAGACCAAGAGUGUCCUUCCCCCCAACUGGAAGUACGAAUCGAGCACAGCAUCAGCUUUAGUGGCUUAAGUAUAAUAAAAGAUUAAUUUACA